UCAAGGGUAUGUCCAGUACGACUGCAUCAGCAGGAGAUGCGAAAGCACCAGAGACCACUAUCGUUACAGAAGUGCCAGAAAGUUUGCACCGUGCUCUUCUGAUGAUGGUCAAGAACUUCUUUUCGAAGGAGCACUACCUCGUUGUCUAUUAUAUAAUGAGAUCUGUCUGUAUACGAGAAGAAAACUUACGGAGUCGGUUGAACUUCGACCAGAAACAGUUAAGGCAGCUAUUGGCAGGGCUGAAAAACGAGAAAUUAGUCAAAGAUCGAUUACUGCAGCAGAAGAACGAAACUGGAAGGAAUGUCUCUAUCAUUUUUUACUUUAUAAACUAUAGGGCUAUAAUCAACGUGUUGAAAUAUAAAAUUGAUCACAUGAGACAGAUGCUAGAGGCACGGGAGAAGAAUGAACUACAAAAAGCUAAUUACAAAUGUGAUCAAUGUGGAGCUCAGUAUGAGGACAUGGACAUAGAUAGGAUCUUUGACAUACAAACUGGAACGCUGAAAUGCUGGCGAUGUCAGGGCGAGGUUACACAAGACAUAACUGGAGGACCAACUCAAGUCACUAGGACCCUUCUGGCACGUUUUAAUGAACAAAUGCUCCCUCUUUUUGCUGCCAUACGGGAACUAGCCGGCAUACAAUUGGCACCGCAUCUACUUGAACCGGAUAUCAACCAGUAUCUUGCUGAAGAAGAUAAGGCUGCCGAACCUCAGCAGCAACUAGUGGACUUCUCCACAUCGGCUGGCGGAAAUCGUGCGCAGCUGGGUGGUGUUGCGCAUUCUUUCGCCAGUGGUCCCUCGAUCAAAUAUGCUGAUCAAAUCACAGUCGAUCUCAACGCGGAUGCGAAUAGCAAACCCGUUGAGGAAGCAAAGGUCGUUCCGACUUGGCUUCAGGAUGAUGCGAUUGGUGGCAGUGAGCAAGAUGCAGCCCUACAAGAUACCAUAGCAGUUGGUCCUGAGAGUGGUGCUACUGUGUCACAUGCAUCAUCGUCUGUAUCACUGAGCUUGAUGGCCGAAUUGGAAGGGGUCACGGAUGAGCCUCCUGCCAAAAAGCAGCGUUCUAGUGAGUCCGAUAAUGGAGCUCAAAGUGGCGAAGCGAAGGAAGAGGAGGAAGAAGAAGACGAUGAGGAGGAAGAGAUGGUUUCAGUGGCUGGAAGGAUGGUACCUUUGAGCGAAGUGACGUCUGAAAUGGUGGCAGAGAUGACUGAAGAGGAACAAAGCCGGUAUGCAGCAAUUAUGCAGGAAAAUUUGUACUAUUGAUCUCGAUUUCUAUGAUUACCUCUAUCAUAUCUCAUCUUGUUGACGAUAAUCGUUGCCUCAUUUUUUACUACUCAGUUAAAAUGGUGGCUAGAGAAUAAAUCAUCUGGGUCUCAAA